UCUCGGGCUUGACAGGACACCGGCCCAGGCUCCGCCACUCCGCCCAACCCCGAGACCCUCUUCCUCCUCCUUUCUCCUUCUCCAGCAAAAGCUUCCUUCUUCUCGGCGACGGGGAGGAGAAAACCAGUUACAUCUACGACUUCGGUUCCGGAGCUUCAAGCCACCCAGGCUGAAAUGGGUUCAGCUGAGGAUGAGUUCACCCCACUGUCUCAGUUAAAGUAUGGAAUGGACAAGUGCAAAGUGCAGGUGCGCAUCUCGUGGCUGUGGGAGUCCUUCAAUCCAAAAAAUGACACUUUGUUCGGCCUUGACUGCCUUCUGAUCGACGAUCAGGGUAAGACUAUGCAGGCGCGUGUAGAACCCGGUGAUAUAGAGCGGUUUGAACAUAAGCUAGUUGAAGGGCAGGUCUAUGCCUUGUCAGAUUUUCAUGUUGAUGUGCAGAGGGACUACUAUAUGUCAUGUAGCAAUGAGUGGACUAUGUACAUUAGAAGGCAGACGGUGGUCACUGAGAUAGAAGGAGAUAUUGAUUCGAUUCCCCUCUACAGCUUUAAAAAGGGCAACCUGGUGCAUGUAGCUCCCGCUUGCGCAGGGUCCAGGGAAGGGUCCGACCACUUUGGGUCUAUAGUACGCAGCCUUUCCCUACAUUUCUGUAAGAGGCUGUUUCCAGGACUUGAACCCAUGACCUCAUGGUCACAAGGCAGCAGCUUUACCACUGCGCCAAGGCUCCCCUUCAGCUUUGAGUUUGUUAAUUUUAAGGAUCUCCGUUCUAGGUGUGGUGACAACAGCUUAUUGACAGAUGUUCUGGGACACGUAGUAGGUGUCGGGGAGCUACAGGAGGUCACAAAAAGAUCCCGUGUUAUAGAAAUUUGCAAUGCAAGCAUUCGGGACUUGAGAGGAAAGGUACUGGGUGUCACACUGUAUGGUGAUAUUGCUUCUGGUUUUGCUGAGGAUAUGGCCGAGAAAGGCAAAGACGCCUCGGUUGUUGCUGUCUUUGCAGGGAUGUCUGUUGAUUCCUCAUCAUCAGUUUGCUCUACAACGUCUUCAGAGUACUAUUUGGAUUUGGAAAUACCAGAGGUGCAAGAAUUCCGUGCGAAUUUGCGCAUUCAGCAAGCAAACCCUGUUCCCAAAAAAACCCCAGCUCAGAAGUUAGCCGAGAGUUGGCGAACAAUAGAACAGCUAAAAAAACUUGAUCCGGAAGAGUAUGACGAGGAUACCACGUUUUUGUGCAGAGUCUCCCUGAUAGACAUAGAUUGCAGCAACGGUUGGUGCUAUCUUGGAUGCGACACCUGCCAGAAGUCCAUGUACGGGGCCCCAAGGAAAUACAAGUGCGCCCGAUGUGGCCCGAUCAAGAGGCCAGUUCAGUGGUACAAGCUGAAGGCGAAGGUGGAAGACGCCACAGGCACAAUGGACCUGAUGAUCUUCUGCGAGGUGGCGGAGGAGCUGGUCGGUGUCUCUGCAGAGGAGCUUGUCGAUAACAUUGAGGAAGACGACGAGUGGUACGCCCUGCCAGACGAAAUCGAGGAUCUUCUUGGCUCGACGCACACCUUCCAGGUUUUCGACAAGUACGUGAAUGGGAGCUUCGCGGUGAGGUCGAUCAUGGACGAUGCUAGCGUCCCAGCCCCAGCUGCAGCCGCUAGCCAAUGCAAGGAGAAGGCUGACCCUGAGGGGAGCCAGAAGCCUAGCAAGCGCCUGCGAGGGGAUGACGACUCGAUCAACUAGGGAAUGGGGGAGCACUCUGGGAGUAGUAAUAGUGUAUCUAGGGUAAUGCGUCUGAAAGGAUCAGGCAAUGGAUCUCUCUGUUAUCCUUCUUCUACCUGGGAACUCCUGCAUCUACUGCUGUGGCUCGACUAGUGAUGGUGGUGGGUAACAACAGACUAGAACCCGUUUAACGCUUUUGAACAUUGCUUACCUCUAUCUAAACGUAUUUUAGUACUAGAUACAUCCAUUUUCGAGACAAGUAAUUCCGAAUGGA